CAAAAUGGCGUGUUGAUGCGGAAAGCAAAGGAUGCCUAUUUGUUUGUAAUGAAUUAAAUUAGAAAUAUUUGAGCGUUUUUUUUUUAGUUGUAGUUUGAAAUUAAAUUAAAACAACGUUUUCCGCGCCGUAGCAUUUCAAUUUAGUGGUUUUGCCGUGCAGUUUCAUUCAUAAACUUUAGUUUUUCCCAAUAGUGUCUGUGUCAAUGCACUUUGUGUGUGAAAGUACUGCAAUUUUUAAAAGGUAACGUUAGCCUGUGUAUGGGGUAGUCUACAUUCACUCCUACUGUAUCUGACAUGUACCCGGAAUUCCAACAGAAUUCAUGGAACCACCUCCGCUCAACCAGACCUUCAAUUUCACCUAACCAUUGAACAUGUUCAGUCCAGUAAAAAAUGAUCGAUCCAUAUACCCUCAUGGUUGACAGUAACAAAUUCCAAAAGCUGUAUAUAUUUUUGUUGCUAUGUUUUUUAUAUUUUCAACGGACCAAUUCCUAUCUACUCUUGGUAGACGACACACUACUGCCCGGAGAUAUCAUCUUCAAUGCCUCGGUAUUUAGACUGGGAUCUGACAGAGUUUAUACUAUAAGCACAAAAAGAUCUGCUCCUUUUGUACAAUCUCUUUUACAUGUAGACUCGAAAAACGGCCAAGUAUCUUUGCUAGAAGGUUUACAGUGUAAUGGUUUAUAUUAUCCGACGUUAUUUACUGUACAUAUCGACUCAACUUCUAAUAGGAUAAGAGAUAUAGAUUACUAUAGUUUACCUUUACGGAUAUUUAUCACAGGAAAAGACUGUACCGAUCAUCCUGCUCAAGAAGAUCUCGAAUAUUUAGAUGAAUUUAGAAGGGAGCGAAGAAGUCAGAGGACCGAUAAUGUUUGGAAUCCAUUUUCCCAUAUUCAUACAUCUGUUAGAGAAAAAAUAAACGAAGCACGACAAUGGGUAUCGGAAACCUAUGCUUCUUUUGCUAUACCAACCGCCGGAAAAUGGAGGAAGAUCUGUCUAAAGCAAUCUCAAUUUGUUAACUCAAUUAUGAAUUUUCUGCCAUUGACUAUUUUAGAGCAUUGUACAGUUAAAUUUCAUUAUGUUAGUGACGAUCGGUUUGAAAUAGAGCAUAGUCAAGGCGAUCUAGUAGCUAGCAGAGAUGUUUGUAUUGUGGAACCUAUGUGGAAAGUAGCCAUUUUAUUUACGUCACAGUGUAAUAAUGUAAGCCUAUUGAAUUCAGAACAUAGAUUAAAAAUUGUUUAUCACCAUCAACAAUUCAAUGACACUGACAUCGCUAAACGAAUAAGACGGGAAUUAAGAAAUCAAUCGCCAUUUUUUGAGCAACAUUUAUAUGUAGCCAGUGUACUAGAAGAAUGUGAACCUCCCGUCAUAGUUACCAGCGUUAAAGCUAGAGAUCCAGAAAAUAGCCCUAUAACCUACUCUAUGACUAGCUUAUUAGAUUCCAGAACCCAAUCCAUGUUUGAUAUUGAUCCAAAAACAGGAGUUGUUAGUACUAAAGUUCAAUUAGAUAGAGAACUGGUUGAUGUUCAUUAUUUUCGAGUCACCGCUCUAGAUGAUACUUUUCCAUUUAGAUCUGGAACAACGAUGUUACAAAUCAAUGUACAAGAUGCCAACGAUCAUUCCCCGGUAUUUGAAAUGAACGAAUACGAUGCUAGUAUAAGAGAAAGCGUUAGUGUAGGUACAACAGUCAUUACCCUCAAAGCUACAGAUCAAGAUAUUGGCAAAAACGCUGAAGUUGAAUAUUACAUUGAUAGCAUAAAUGGCGGGGGAACUUCGACUGAAGAAGAAGAUAAUCAGGCAUUUAAAAUCGAUGCUAAAACUGGUGUUAUAACCACAAGAGGUUUACUUGAUAGGGAAACUACUGAAGUAUACACCUUAAUCGUCGGAGCUAGUGACUUAGCUAAUCCGCAAGCAUCUAGAAGAUCAUCAUCAGCAACCGUUGUCAUUAGUAUAUCAGAUGAUAAUGAUAAUUAUCCUCAAUUUUCAGAAAGAACUUAUUCUGUUCUUUUGAAUGAAGACAUAAAUUGGGCUGAAAAUCCUAUUGUAGCUCAUAUAAAAGCUACUGAUGCUGAUCAGGGCGUUAACGCAGCAAUUAGAUAUGCUAUUAUAAGCGGAAAUACUCAAUCACAAUUUGCCAUUGACAGUUUAAGUGGUGAUGUAACUUUAGUUAAACCAUUGGAUUAUGAAACUUUACGGAGCUAUAGAUUGGUAAUAAGAGCACAAGAUGGCGGGAGCCCUGCAAGAUCAAAUACCACACAACUUCUAGUUAAUGUUAAGGAUGUUAAUGACAAUGCCCCGAGGUUUUAUACAUCCCUUUUUCAAGAAAGUGUUCAAGAAAACGUGCCUACGGGAUAUAGUAUUGUAAAAGUUCAAGCCUACGACGCCGACGAAGGGCCUAAUUCCGAAAUUAAAUAUACAAUAUCGCCUAGAGAUGCAACUGGAGGUAGUACUCAGGAUUUACCGUUGGGUGUAGAUGCCCAAUCUGGCUGGAUUUUUACUACAAGAGAACUGGACAGAGAAAAACAGUCUAAAUUUAUGUUUCAAGUAAUUGCCGCCGAUCAAGGUAUACCACCACAAUCAGCCAGUGCUAGCGUCAUUAUCAGUGUACAAGACAUUAACGACAACGAUCCAGUAUUUGAGCCUAAACUCUACGAAUCUGUGGUGGCUGAAAACGAUUCACCAGGCACCCCAGUCACUACUGUAACUGCCUCGGAUGCCGAUGAGGACAAUAAGCUACAUUAUGAAAUUACGAAUGGCAAUACCAGAGGACGUUUUGCGAUAACUUCUCAAAAUGGACGUGGUUUGAUUACUGUAGCUCAACCUUUAGAUUAUAAACAAGAAAAACGUUAUAUUUUAACAGUGACUGCCUCGGAUUCUGGAGGACGCACUGACACAGCUACAAUUUAUGUCAACAUCACUGAUGCCAAUAAUUAUGCUCCAGUCUUUGAAAAUGCACCCUAUUCUGCUAGUGUUUAUGAAGAUGCCAUAGUAGGGACAACUGUAUUAGUUGUGAGUGCCACCGAUAACGAUGUUGGUAUAAAUGCACAAAUAACUUACUCUUUAGGAGAUGAUAGUAAUUCUGAUUCAACUUUUACCAUAAAUCCUCAAACUGGUGCUAUUAUAACAACUAAGCCUCUUGAUAGAGAAACUUUGGCUGGAUAUUUGUUGACUGUCACUGCAAGAGAUGGUGGGAAUCCUCCUAUGUCUGACACAACUGAUGUAGAAAUAUCUGUCACAGAUGUCAACGAUAAUUAUCCACAAUUCAAGCAGCCAGCUUACUCGGGAAGUGUUUCUGAAGAUGCUUUAGUAGGAACUUCUGUUGUACAAGUAGCAGCUACUGAUGCAGAUAUUGGUUUGAAUGGGCGAAUUCGUUAUACUCUUAGUGAAAAAGAUCAAGAGGAUGGCUCAUUUGUUAUUGACCCAGCUAGUGGGGUUAUUCGGACAAAUAAAGGCCUUGACAGGGAAUCUGUUGCUUUUUAUGAACUAGAAGCGUAUGCUAUCGAUAGAGGCUCGCCAACUUUAAGCAGCUCAGUCCCAGUAACUAUAAGAAUAGACGAUAUUAAUGACUCGCCGCCCGCAUUUGCUUCAGAUAAAAUUAUUUUAUAUAUUCCAGAAAAUAGCCCUAUAGGUUCUACGGUUGGAGAAAUAUAUGCCAAAGACCCUGAUGAAGGUGUUAAUGCUAUAGUGCAAUACUCUAUUAUCGGAGGAGAAGAUGCUCAAAGUUUUUCUUUGAUUACUAGGCCCGGCUCAGAGAAAGCUGAAUUGCUCACUAUGACGGAAUUAGAUUAUGAAACUUCUAAAAAGAAAUACGAUAUAAUAGUUAGGGCUGCAAGUCCUCCAUUAAGAAGCGAUGCUCAUGUGGAAAUUAUUGUAACAGAUGUGAAUGAUAAUGCACCAAUGCUCAAAGAUUUUCACGUAAUAUUCAAUAAUUUCAAAGAUUGUUUUCCUACAGGACCAGUAGGAAAAGUGCCUGCUUUUGAUGCUGAUGUUUCUGAUAAGUUACAUUACAAAAUACUGACUGGUAACAACGCUAAUUUAAUUGCCCUGAACGAUUCCACAGGACAACUAGUAUUAUCACCUCAAUUAAAUACGAAUGUUCCUAAAAUAGCUUCAAUGGAAGUGUCUGUGACUGACGGAGUUAAUGAAGUUAAAGCUGUAAUGCAGCUGACAGUAAGGCUAAUAACGAAAGAUAUGCUCUAUAACUCUAUAACUAUAAGAUUAAAUCAGAUGACUAAGGAAGCAUUUUUGUCUCCGCUUUUAAAUUUUUUUAUUGAUGCUUUGGCAGCAAUUAUACCUUGUCCAAAAGAGAACGUCUAUCUUUUCAGUAUUCAAGACGAUGCAGAUGUGAGCUCUAAAAUAUUGAAUGUUAGUUUUUCAGUUAAAAGGCCCGACACUCCAAAAGAAGAAUUUUAUUCUCCUCAAUUUUUGCAAGAACGUGUUUAUUUGAAUAGAGGCAUACUUGCUAGGCUGUCAACUGUACAAAUAUUGCCGUUCGAUGAUAAUUUAUGUGUUCGAGAACCAUGUCUUAACUAUGAGGAAUGUUUGACAGUAUUGAAAUUCGGAAAUGCUUCAGGAUUUAUUCACAGUGACACAGUAUUAUUCAGGCCAAUUUAUCCUGUAACGACUUUCACUUGUCAAUGCCCCAAAGGCUUUACUGGUUCUCGAGAACACUAUUUAUGUGAUACAGAAGUUAAUUUAUGUUAUUCUUCCCCAUGUAAGAACAAUGGCGUUUGCAAAGUAAGAGAAGGAGGCUACACUUGCGUGUGUUCCUCAAAUUAUACCGGAGUUAAUUGUGAAAUUCCUUUAACGGCGGAAUCGUGCAAGCCAAGUAAUUGCCACAACGACUAUACUUGCAAUCCAAAACAAGGCAAAAAUGGAGGUUUCAUUUGUGAAGAUUGUGCUUUUAGCGCCGAUAAGGAACAUUAUACUUCUACUUGUGAGUUAAAAAGCAGGAGUUUUACAAAAUCUUCAUUUUUAACUUUUCCCAGUUUGAAAAACAGACAUCAGCUAAGAUUGAAAAUGAGAUUUGCCACACAAAAUAGAAAUGGAUUAUUGUUGUACAAUGGACGUUAUAAUGAACAACAUGACUUUAUUGCCUUGGAAAUUGUUAGAGGGAAUGUACAAUUCUCGUUUUCGUUAGGUAGCUCAGUAACAAAAGUGAUAGCAACAAUUCCAGGAGGCGUUUCUGAUGGAAAAUGGCACUCCGUGACAGUAAAUUACUAUAACAAAUCCGCUACCCUGUCCAUUGACGAUUGUGAUACUGCUUUAGCCCUUAAACAUGGACGAGAAUUAGGAGGCAAAUGGGCAUGUGCAAGUUACGCUGAGCACACUCUAGAAGCCCGCUGUGCAUCUUUAACAGAAACUUGCCAUAGAUUCCUAGACUUGACUGGCCCACUUCAACUGGGAGGGUUACCAUCACUAUCAGCCAAAUUCCAAAUACAAAACUUCCAUUAUGAAGGCUGCAUUUCGAACUUUGAAGUCGACUAUAAGUUUGUUGAUUUAAAUUCUUUUGUAACUAACAAUGGUACUUCCAUUGGUUGUCCAGAAAAACGCCCAUUUUGUAGCAGCAACCCUUGUAAAAAUGACGCCACCUGUAUUGAAGGAUGGGCUGUAUUUAAAUGUAUAUGCCAAGAAGGUUGGGGUGGGAGAGAUUGUAGUGAAAAAAUUAGCCUGCCUUGGCACUUUUCUGGAGACGGCAUGCUAUCAUUCAACCCUUUAUUACGGCCUAUUCAAUUGCCUUGGCUCAACGCGGUCUCCUUAAGAACUUUGCAAGAAGAUACCUUCCUAAUGUCAAUCCAAGUAGGACAAAAUAGUUCUGCAGUAUUAUCGCUCCAUAAAGGCUUUUUAAUGUAUGUUUAUAAUGGAGAUUCUUUAACAUUAACAUCAAUGUACUUAUCAGAUGGGGAAUGGCAUCACAUUGAAGUUUCCUGGAUUGGAACAGAAAUUAAAUUUUCCAUUGACCAUGGAGAGUAUCAUGUUAUAAUGCCCUUUUCUGAAAAAAUCCAAGGGUUGUAUGUUGGUAAAAUUCUCAUUGGAGGACCAGAUAAUAGCUAUACAAGCUUGAAUGCGGGAUAUAAUUAUUUAGAAGGUUGCAUUCAAGAUGUUAGAAUAGGAAAUCAACAGACAAUAUUAAACAGGCCUACUGUCAAGGAUAAUGUUGAAGAAGGUUGCUUUUUAAUGAUGGAAUGCCAAAGUCAAUGCCCAAGUGAUUCUGAAUGUAAAGUGGGUUGGGGAAAGUCACAAUGUGAAUGUAACGAAGGUCACGUCGGACCUCUUUGCCAAGAAGUUUGUUCUGUUAGCCCUUGCGAAAAUGGAGCUUCUUGUAAACGAAAUUUCCUCGAUCAACGUGGAUACGAAUGUCAUUGCAAUUCAUCAGAAUUCUCCGGGGAAUAUUGCGAAAUGAAGCAAGCCCAGCCUUGUCCAGCCAGUUGGUGGGGAUAUCCUGUUUGUGGUCCGUGCGAAUGUGACGUGGAAGCUGGGUAUAAUCCAGAUUGUGAAAAGACUACAGGAAAAUGUCACUGCAGGGAGAACCAUUAUCAACCAAAAGGGUCAAAAGAGUGCAUUCCAUGCGAUUGUUACAGUGUGGGAUCAUUUAGUAGCCAGUGUGAUCAUGAAACUGGCAAAUGUAGCUGCAGGGAUGGAGUUAUUGGACAAAAAUGUGAUUCUUGUCCUAAUGCUUAUGCUGAAAUAACAUUAAAAGGAUGUGAAGUGAUAUAUGAUGGCUGUCCAAGGUCUUCCACGAACUCUAUUUGGUGGUCGAGGGCAGUAUUUGGCCAAGAAGCUAUCGAGUCGUGUCCUAAAGGUUCCCAUGGCAAAGCGUCUAGAAAUUGUGACAACGAAUUGGGAGGAUGGCAAGAACCUGAUAUGUUCAAUUGUACUUCGGAUAGAUUUGUUGAACUGCGCGAACAGCUUUCGAAAAUCGAAUCUGGCGAACUUUCUCUCAACUCCUUUGUGGCAAUUAAAUUGGCCCACGACCUCAACAAAGCAACGAAUACUACAAAGGAGCUGUACGGAGCCGAUGUUCUGAUAUCUUACGACCUAAUUAAGGAGCUUCUCAAUUACGAAUCUCGUGUGCACGGUCUAAAUUUGACUCACAGUCAAGACAAAGACUACAUAAGCAACGUCGUCAAUGCUAUCAAUAUAAUUUUAUCUGAUAAAUAUUCGGCGCAUUGGAGUAGGAUUAAGCAGUUGACUGGACAAAGUGUGGAGAAUUUGGUCAGUUUUAUGGAGAAGUACAUUAAUAUUUUGUUGGAAAGUCAACACGAUACUUAUACUAGUCCUUUUGAGAUUGUUUCUCCAAACAUGGUUUUGGGUCUCGAUAUUGUCACUCCAGAAUCCCUUUAUGGCUAUGAACCUGAAAUAGGUCUUCCUAUGCUCUCCAACGGCCAAUCCUACACUACUGAAAGUGUAGUUCUUCCAGAUACAUCUCAAUUUUUGCAAGACAACAAAAUCCAAGUGCAAGGGCCUUUAGUAGGAUUUCCAAAAUAUAACAACUAUCUUCUAGAUAAAUCUAAGUUCGAUCAGAACUCUAGAAUUUUUAUACCAUUAUCUUUACUUGGUAUAAAACCUUUGGAACAUGGCGAAAUUAUCACAAAACAUAGUUUGCCAGGGGAUGGAGCAAUUGUUAGUUAUAUACAAUAUAAAGAAGCAGGAGGGCUUUUGCCAAAGAAAUAUGACGAAUCAGUGGUUCGUCGUUGGGGAGUUGACAUAACAAUAGGAUCUCCUCUUAUGUCUAUCGGAGUUUUAGUACCAGAAUAUGUAGAUGCUAUAGAAAGUUCCACUGAACACGAUCUCAGCAACGUCAAGCUUCCAGAUAUAAAUAUGCCAGAUGAUAAAUGGACCAAAAAAAUUUUCGUAGAGCCUGAAGUGAAAAUGCACGAGAACGAAGCUCAGUAUUUGAGAUCUAGAUUGAAAAGAGACCGGGAUAUCAGAAAGAAGCUUUUAUAUAGAAGUUUGUCUGGAAUUCCUUUGAAAUCUCCUAUAAGGUUGCAGGUGUGGCUGAAUUCCAGUGAUACGGUGUUCAAUGAGAGAUCUAAUCCCCAAUGUGUUCAUUGGUCUACAACUAGAGGAUUCGGUGAAUGGUCCAGAGUAGGUUGCCGUACUGAGCUAGAUGAUAACUGGUUUGAGGUUGGAGAAAAUCAUCCAAUUGUUGUCAACUGCAGCUGCAAUCAUUUAACAACUUUUGCUGUUCUUGUAGAUGUUGUGGAUUUAGAGUACAUUCCUGAACCAUCUUUGUUAGAGGACAUUUCAAGCUACAGCUGUUUCUCACUCUCCUUACCACUUUUGCUUGGAACUUACCUUAUUUUAGCUCUCAUCAGAGGUUUACAAACCAAUUCCAAUACCAUCAGAAAGAAUCUGGUUUUGUGCGUGUUUUUGGCCGAACUCUUAUAUUUUGUUGCCUUGAAAGCUAGGAAGUCCAUGGUUUCAAUCGAGUUUUCUUGUAAAUUAGUUGCAAUAGGUCUACACUAUCUUUGGCUAGCCGCAUUUUCUUGGAUGUUAGUGGACGCAAUACAUCUUUAUAGAAUGUUAACAGAAAUGAGAGAUAUCAACCAUGGUCCAAUGAGAUUUUAUUACAGCAUGGGAUAUGUGGGACCUGCUGUUGUGGUUGCUUUGGCUGUAGGCGUUAGAGCACAUCAAUAUGGAAAUUAUUACUUCUGUUGGGUGUCACUUUAUGAAAGUGUUGUAUGGAGUUUGGUUGGACCCACAUGUCUGCUAACUUUUGUUAAUCUUUGCAUAUUGCUGUUAUCGAUAAGAGCAGCGUUUACUAUUCAAGAUCACGUUUUGGGAUUUGGAAAUUUAAGGACUCUACUGUGGGUGUCUGUCAUAGCUCUACCUCUACUAGGGAUUACUUGGGUUUUGGCCCUUUUGGCAGCAUCAGAACGACAUCCGCUUCUGAUGCCAUUUUUAUCGGUUGCUGUGCUGGUACAUGCUGCUUUCUCGUUGGCCGGAUAUUGUUUUGCCAAUAACCGUGUUAGACAGAAUUUGUUAAGAACUUUUAUGAGAUGUAUGGGAAAGAAGGUACCUUUGUUGGAUACCCAAUCUGUUGUAGGGGUUCCCAGUACAAGCAGUCAGAAUAUUUCAGCACAAUCUCGGUCUGCAUUAGCAUAUCAUUCUAGCCUGGAUCCAAACAGAAGAAAUAUAGGCAUUUCUGCGUCUAGUACCACUUCUCGAUCUACAACAAAAACAGGAUCAAGUCCAUACAGGAGCGACACCCAUUUACGUAACACCUCGACCUCGACGUCAAAUUACAAUUCGACUAGCGACGUUCCAUCUUAUCUCAGAGGUUUUGAACACGAAGAAAGGAGAACACGCCGCAGGGAUAGAGGCGGAGAUAACGAAGCAGUAGCAGAAGGAAGAGAACGUGGCGAUAGUGACUCUGAUAGCGAUGGAUCUGAAGGGAGAAGUUUGGAUCUCGCUUCGAGCCAUUCUAGUGACGAUGAUGAAUCUAGCACUAGGAGACAUCAUGGAAGAAAUCAUAUAUCAAGACAAGGUUAUCUGCCCAACAUCACCGAGCAUGUGGUUUCAAGAUGUGGCACACCACCAUCCCUCAACGUGGUUACAAACUCCCAGUUAUUCCCUGCAGUACAACCAACUUACGGUGCACGAUGGGCAAGUCAGUUGCCAGAAUCGUAUCUUCCUAACGCAAAUGUUACAGAAGUGGGCCGCUGGUCGGCGGAGACAGGAUCUGACAACGAAUUUCUACAUAAAAAUUCACCAAAUCCGUUGCCCAAUCCAGAUGUCACUCCUGAAACUUGUCUGCGUACUAUCGAUUCAGAACAGUACAUGAUGCAAGCCCACUAUAAUAAUCAUUACAACUCUAAUGUAUCUUUCAAGGGUGAUUAUAUGCAUAAAAUGAUGCCGCACGAUAAUCUCAACUACCAGGAUUAUGAUAGGCGUUCUGAUAUCGAAGAGAAACACCAUAAUAUGGGCGACAAAUAUUUGUUUCCUUACACAGCCGAAGAAGACCAUAUUCAAGCUCAUACCAAUUACUUGCCGCAUAAUAUGCCCCAAUAUGCCUCGCAACCUGGCAGUCGUAUAAUGUCUCCUGUAACGAAUGAUAACAAUCUGGACUAUCAUGGAUCCACUGUUGGUUCUAGAAUGGGAUCUCGAAUAGGUUCAGUCUUGGGAUCAGUACACGGUUCAGUUUGUGGUAGUUUAAGAGGAUCGCCCUCACCUCUUAUGCCUCCUGCAUCAAUGCUGCAUUCUAGCAUGCCACCAGAACCAUCAUCCAUAAAGGAAAAAGACGAAGAAACUUCAGUAUGAGUGCCUAGAAAAUGGAUUAUAGGAAAGUGAAAGUAUAGUAAUUUAAGAAAUCUGGAAUUUGAAUUUAUAAUAUAGUUUUAAUACCAAAUGUGCUUCUGUAUUAUAAGCUAAUUUAAAUAUUUUAGCUUGCAAGUGGAAAAGCUUUCCCAGUUAUUUAAGCGAAGGCGGAUUUUGUAUCUUUGACAUUUUUGCACAUCAUUAUUGUAACAGAAACAAUAAAUAAUGUCAAGGAUAGUAGAACUGUUUCAAUUAAUUUAUUGUAAAUAAAUAAUAUUGAUGAAUCAAAUAUGAAGCUUUCUAAGUCUAGAGUUAGGUUUCUCAAACUAAAGUAUGCAGAGAAGUUUCCUGACUUGGUUGGGUAUGAAAUUAUGGCCAACUUUUCACAAAAAUGUUGAGAUGUUUUACAAUUUUUGUAACAGAUUUUACGAAAUUAUGUAUCAAUAAACAUUGAAGCAGAAUAUUCCCACUUAUUAAUGAAAUGUCCAUACUUUUUGGUGAAACUUCACUCCCGAUCUCACACCCAACUAAAUAGGAGCGCUUCUGAGAAUUGCUUAGUGAGUUGCUAUGAUAAGUAUGUAUUUGGCAUGUUUGCUCAUGAGAUUGUAUGUAUUUUUGCUAUGAUUACAUAUUUCAAGGGUUUCUGGAAAAUUGAAAGGUGAUAUCCAAUUUAUAAUUCUAUUUUCAUAGUGCAACAAAUUCGAAACGUAAAAUCAUUGUAGAAACGAGAAGCGUCAGUUUCAUGGCAAAAUUCUUACCUGAAAAAUAUUUUAUAGUUGACUAUGCAGCAUCUAGUGUAGGAAUCUGAGGCAAGAGCUUUGCCAUUAUCUUGAAGCUUUAUGUAAUGGAAUGUUUUUUGACAAUGCAAAAUAUUUUUUAGUAUUAAAUAUUAAGAUACAAAAAAAUUGGUAUUAUUAAUACUCAAUACGUAGUCAUAAUAUAGUAUAUAAAAAAAAUUGAUUGUACGUUCGCGUGUCAUUUUAAAAUGAAUGCCAUUAAUUGAUAUUAAAAAUAGUUAGCUAAUAUGAGUGGCAAAAAGUAGUAUUUAUUGUAGUAUUUGUAGAUUUUUUUUUUGCUAUCAGAGGAGAAGAACUGAAGACUUUUAUAUUUUAUUAAAAAAAAAUAUCCCCAAUUUCAUUUAUUUUUUUUUGGCUAUUCGCAGUUUUUGUACUAAAACAUUAUAUUUUAAAUGUAAAAUCUGUGCCUAAUACUUUUUAGUUGGGUUUAUUUUUGUUGUGAUGAAACAAUUAGAAUUACGGCCCUUGUACACAUAUUCCAUUGAAUGCAAAUCUACAGCUCAAAUUGUUCAAAUUAUUGCUCGCUCGUUACUUACAUCCCUAAUUGUUUCAUCACUAAUUUUUGUACAUACUUAUUUUAAGUAUUUAACAUAUAAUUAUUUAAGAUCUCAUUGUGGUAGCUAUAACGUUAAAGAUCUGGUAUUAUUUUCUACAGAUAAAUUUUAAUUUAAAGCAAUAAUUAACAACAUAUCUUUGAAACAGAUCGAGCAAUAAGGCAAUUAUCUUUCUUAACCAAUUUUUUUUAUUUUUUUUCCUGAUACCAGAUCGAACUUGUAAUUGAUUAAUCGCAAACCGGUGAAUAUGUUUAAUUUGCAAAUUUAUAGUACAAUUAUAUAAAGUAUAAUGUAAAAGUUGUUUACAAAAACAUCAGAAAGAAAGUAUUUCUGAUUCUUCUAGAUCAUUAUUUUAGUUAUUAGUUUUUACUCGAAGGUUCCCUACUUAAUCGUAUAAGUUUUAAACAUUCCAAGGCGUACUAUUGUACGUUUCUUUUUUAUAUAUUUGACUGUGCAAUUUUUAUACAUUCCAUUUUUUUUAUACUCAUUUUACCCUUUUUUUAUAUUGUGAUUUUUUUAAUAAAUAUAUCCCAGUGAAGUAUUUUAGGCUAA